CUCUUCUCGAUUUUAAUCUUUUGUUGCUUAAGACUGAAGCAAUCAUGGUCAACGUGAGGAAAGUGGUGCAUUCAUUCCUCGUGCACCUAAUUGGCCUAUUGGUUUGGCAAUGCGAUAUUUCUGUGAGCCCAGUUGCAGCUAUAGUAACUGACAUUUUCAAUACCUCCGAUGGUGGACGCUUCAAAUUCCCAGACGGGGUACAAAACUGGCCAGCACUUUCAAUCAUCAUAAUCAUAAUCUUGACAAUAGGUGGCAACAUUCUAGUUAUCAUGGCAGUAAGCUUGGAAAAGAAACUACACAAUGCCACCAAUUACUUCUUAAUGUCCCUAGCAAUUGCUGAUAUGCUGGUGGGACUACUUGUCAUGCCACUGUCUCUGCUUGCAAUCCUUUAUGAUUAUGUCUGGCCACUACCUAGAUAUUUGUGCCCCGUCUGGAUUUCUUUGGAUGUUUUAUUUUCUACGGCGUCCAUCAUGCACCUCUGCGCUAUCUCGCUGGAUCGGUAUGUAGCAAUACGUAAUCCUAUUGAGCAUAGCCAUUUCAAUUCACGGACUAAGGCCAUCAUGAAGAUUGCUAUUGUUUGGGCAAUUUCUGUAGGCGUAUCAGUUCCUAUCCUAGUGAUUGGACUGAGAGAUGAAGACAAAGUGUUUGUCAGUAACACCACCUGCGUGCUGAAUGACCCAAAUUUCGUUCUUAUUGGGUCCUUCGUAGCUUUCUUCAUACCGCUGACCAUCAUGGUGAUUACGUACUGCCUGACGAUCCACGUUCUUCGCAGACAAGCUCUGAUGUUACUGCACGGCCACACCGAGGAACCACCCGGAAUAAGCCUGGAUUUCCUGAAGUGCUGCAAGAAAACCACCGAUGAAAACUCUGUAAACCCUAACCAAGAUUUGAACCCACGCGGAAGAAAGAAGAAAGAAAGACGUCCUCGGGGCACCAUGCAAGCUAUCAACAAUGAACGGAAAGCAUCGAAAGUCCUUGGCAUUGUUUUCUUUGUGUUUCUGAUCAUGUGGUGCCCGUUUUUUAUUACCAAUAUUCUGUCAGUUCUUUGUGGGAAAGCAUGUAAUCAAAAGCUCAUGGAAAAACUUCUGAAUGUGUUUGUUUGGAUUGGCUAUGUUUGUUCAGGAAUUAAUCCUCUGGUGUACACUCUUUUCAACAAAGUUUACCGAAGGGCUUUUUCCAACUACUUGCGUUGCAAUUAUAAGGCAGAAAAAAAGCCUCCUGUCAGGCAUAUGCCAAGAGUUGCUGCCACUGUGUUGUCUGGGAGGGAGCUCAAUGUUAACAUUUACCGGCACACCAAUAAACCAGUGAUAAAGAAAGCUAUUGACAAUGAGCACGAGAUAGAGAUGCAAGUUGAGAAUUUGGAGCUACCAGUCAAUCCCUCCAAUAUAGUUAGUGAAAGGAUUAGUAAUGUGUAAGAAAGAGCAGCAGAGUCUUUUCCUACAGUAAAGCUACAAAUGUAGGAAAAUGAUCUAUUAUUUUUCUGUUGGUCAUAACUAAUGUAAAUAUUGCAGUCUGGAAAAAAAGUGUUUUUUUAUGUAUAUAGCUUUGCAACCCUGUAUUUUAUGAUCAUUCAUACAAUAGUGAGAUUUAGGGUCCUAUAUUUGCUGUUUAUAAUAGAUGAGAAUAACUUAUUUUGAUUCUUUGAUGCAUAAAGUACUGAUUUUUCUCUUUCCUUUCCUCCCUCCUUCUCUUUCUCUCUGUCUUCUUUCUCUUUCUUUUGUGCAUAAGGAAAUGUUCAUCUCAGGUGGCAUUUGCAGGAGACCAGAAUGAUGCACAAGACAAUGGUUAUAUUUCACCCACACCAAAAUUAAUAAAUUCAGCAAAAUCUUUUUCCAGGUUAACAGUAAAUAUAACACUUUAAAUUCUUGCUGUGCUGUAAUCAUCUACACACAUACACACAGUAAGAUACUCUACCACAUAUACUCUAUCACAUCUAUUAGUGAGUCAAAGGCAAAACAGCUUUGUUGUCACAUAUGGGGCAAAAUUUGACAUUGUCAGAAUGUUGCAUUGGUAUUUUACUGCAAUGUCUGUUCCAAAACAUAGUGAUAUUUUAACAUAGCAGCUGGUUAACCAGGACUACAGAAGUGGAAGGAUGAUACGAGAUAUAUCCACCAAUAGCUUUUCACUUCUUGAAGACAAUGUUCAAAUUCUAAUUAUAAUUACAAGCAAAUUGAAAUUAGUGUUUUCAUUCUGGUCCUUAGUAGAUACCUAAUUCCGUAAUUAAACUGAGAAAGAGAGCUCAGAUUUAUUUCACAAUCCAGGAUUCAACAUUUAUUGGGUAUUGAUCGCAGGAUCCUGGAAAUUUGUAUGCUACACACAAAGUGAAAUUACCAUUUUUGAACCUUAUUAAAACAAUUUCUUAAUUAUGGUACCUCUAUCUAUAGGACCUAAUUUAGUAGUCCAUUUUUGAGUAAAAUUUGCAUUGGAAGCAUAGAUGAUCAAAAUCUUGGGAGCAUCACUUGAUUAAGGACUACAGAAUUAAGCCCUUAGAAUGUGAAAAAAAAUAACUAAAAAGAAAUUGUUACUGAAUUAUAGAAAUAACAGAAAUAUAGAGUUUCCAUUUGGAUGUUAAACAAAAUUUAUCUCAUUUUUAGAUCCUUCCAAACUCUCUAGUGCAGGAAAAGGCUGCAGCUAAUUUGUAAAAGUGGUAAGCUCUUCACUGUACUGCAAUUAUGUACCAGAAGUUUAAAUCUUUGUUAAAAUAUAGUGUCAUGUUACAAUAAGUGUUACCAUUGUUUCACUUAUGAGCCUACUGCUCUCUAAGAAUUCAGUACCAUUUACUAGUUUGUUAACUAUGAAAAGUUUUCAAGUAUUACUAAAAUCAGACCAUUAAAUCUAUGCCGAAUAUACAAGUGUUUUCAGUAACUGUAUUUCCAUGUGUGUCUAUUUCACACAGCUAUAGAUCAAUUUCUGAAGAAUUCAUAAUGCUAUUUCUUAUGCCUGACAGUUACUUACACACCUUAGAGGGUGCUUCUCAGUAUCCUGAAAUUGGUGAAGGCAGAAUCUGGAUUUCUAAAACCCUGAUCUGUGUCCUCAGCACACAGCAUAGAUAAAUCCAAACAGUCUGCCAUAGGGGCAGUGGGAGAGCUGCUGUAUUUGAGGAAACUCAUACAGUCUCUACUUGAUUUGCAACACUGCCAAAUCUCAGUCAGUCGCUUGAGCACGCUCAAUUAUAACAUGAAAAUAAUGUCUACCUGCCUGUUAGCUCUGUUGAACUGCAUGUUAAAACAAUUAGAUGAAAUUGAAUGGGAUGAUCUGAUUCUUAUUGAAAUGAAAAUGUCUGAAGAAAUACAGCAUGCAUUGAGCAUGGACGUACAGAUGGUGUCCUGCAUGUAUGCCAUGUAUGUUGCAUGAAUCUAUCGAUUUGUAUUAAUGUAAGGCAGAGUAGGCGAUAUCAAAAGGACUGAAAAUCCUUCAGCAGUCCUUAAAAAGACAACACAUUCAGAUCUGAAAUAUUGUGAGUAUUAGAAAAAAUUGGAAACAUCUGAUUUCUUAACUAUCAGGGCAAGCUCAUAGCACAUGUUUUACAAAGAAACAAAACAUAAACCACAAUUUUCAAAAGCACUAGCAAUAAGUUGAAUGAUAAUAGCUUAUAGCACAUUUGUUAAUAAUUCUUAUGUCAUCAAGUAGCAGUACUUAAUAGUACCCAACAGAGUAAUUAUUCUCAAAUUGUGUGCUAUUCAUAAGUUCUGUGAGUUUGGUAUGAAACAAAUAUACUCAUUUGGAUAUAAAUCUUACAGUUAAAUGUUAAAUCUACAAUUUUUUAUAAAUGUUUUAAAAAGUCUAUGUGGUAAAUAUAAACAUGGUGAGUUUACUGUCAAACAAAUUAUUUUGAUGUGCUAUUACAUAUGCAUAUCUGUUUAAGACACAUGCAACAGACUGCCUUAUAUGAUUUCCUAUAAAUUUUCUCCUUCAUUAUAUGGUACUUUCUUGGCAAAGAGUUGUCUUAUUCCUGAUUCCUGUAUGUUAUCCACUCCAAGUUUUUGUGAUACUUCCUAUUAAUUUAUUAAAUUUAUUAAAUGUUG